UCCCUUCUUUAUCGUGAUUGAAAUUUUAAUUGAGAAAACACAUUCAAAAUGGACAUGGAAAUGAACGCUGAGAUGGAGCGGGAUGAAGGGAGCGAAAGUCGCGAACCCUCGUCAGUUGGAAGCUCAGCCGGAAGUGUCUAUUGCGCCCUGGAAAGAGAUUACGCGAGAAUAAUAAAUGAAAUGAAGAAUAACGAAGCACUGGCGAGUUACGAGACCGAGUACACGAGACUGUUCGAGUCUCUUUACGAGACUCGCAGAAACGAGGAUACUCUGAUGGAAAAGUGCGCGGAUUUACAGGAUCAAGUGAUAGAAAAAACUCGGAGAUGUUACGACCUCGAAAAAAUAAUAGAAUCGCAAGAAGAAUCGAUGGAUAAACUGAAGCAGGAAAUAGCCGAAGCAUCUCGAUUAGCUGACGCAGCCCACACUCGUGAGCAGAAUGCUCAAGAGGUCAUAGAGAAUUUACGGUUGACGAUCACGAAACUCAAUCACGAGCUCGAUUUGAAGAACAAGCAGCUGGCAGUAGACGAGGACACUACGGUGAACAAGCAAAAAGAUGGAUUGCUGAAGGAACGCGAACGCAUGUUCAGCGAGCUCGAGACGCUCAAACAAAGGUUACGAAACAUGACGAAUUACACUGAAGAGUUGGAGAGAAAAACGAGCGAGUACGAACAACAAAUGUCUGAAAUGCGAGAAAAUUUGGAUAUACAACGAAGCGAAAUAUCCAAGGAUCAGAGGAUACGAGAAAGACUGGAAAAAGAGAUAAAUCAGUUGGAGGAGAGCCUUAAGACGAAAGACAAUCAGCUACAGGGCACAGAAGCAUCGAAUAAAUCGAUAUUAAACAACGUAACGAAACUCGAAAAUGCUCUCAGGGAGCAAAAAACAGCGAACGAAAAACUUCAGAAAGAGGUCACCAAGUUGAUGGUGAAACGAAUGAAUCUGCAGACUGAGUUGGACGCAGCUCACAAAAAAAUGGAACAAACAGAGAGAAGCCAGAAAGACAAUUAUAAAGAAUUCCUUUCACUGUCGAGCGAGGUAAAGAGAACUCGAGAAGAAAACGGGAGAUUAAAGUCCGAAAGAGAUGCGACGACGAAGAAAAUCUUACGAAAUGACAGCGUUAGACUGAAGCUCGAAACGGACGUGGAACAGGCUCGAGUGAGUCUGAGAAACGCCGAAUUGGAAGUUAACAAUUUACGACGUCAGGUCGACGACGAAAAAAAGGCUACGUCGGGAGUGAUACGUGAAAAAGAUGCUCUCGCCAAGACAAUAACGGGAUUGAAGGAAAAACUUCGGAGGGCACAACACAGCUUGACAGCCUUCGAAAUUGGCAAACGAAAGACCGAAGCCGAACUCGAAGAGACAAUGCAGGAAGCGAAUGAAUUGAGAAAUAAGGUUGAAAGGAUUGAGAAAGAACGGGACAGAUUGAAUCAGGAAGUAGCAGAAUUAGCGCAGCAGGUCGAAGAUCACUUGGACGACAUGAAGCUCAAACAAAGUGAAGUAUCCGAUUACAAGAAACGCAUGGCCGAAGACGAAGCAAAGUUUCGACAGCAACAAAAUCUCUUCGAAGCUGUCAGGGCUGAACGUAACACGUCUGGCAAAGCUCUCGUCGAAGCACGCAAUGAAAUUCAGGAGCUCAAAAGUAAACUCAAAAUAAUGAAUCAUCAGAUUGAACAGCUGAAAGAAGACCUCAGCGUCAAAGACGCGGGCUUUGUUAAAGAGGAAUUUCUGUUGGGAAAAGCUGAAAAAGACAAGGACAAUCUACGAGCCGAAGUGCAAUCUUCGCUAAAAACGAUAAAGGAUCUGAGGAGAGAGGUAGACGAGAGCAAGAAGACUGAAAAACGUUUGAGACAAGAGAUCCACGUAGCUGACAUGGAGGCUAGUCGUUUGAAAAAGGACAUAGACACGGUGAUGAACGAGCGUGACAUUCUCGGUUCUCAGCUGGUGCGACGAAACGACGAGUUGAGUUUGCAAUAUGGUAAAAUAAAAAUUCUGAACGUUGCGUUGCAACGAGGAGAAGCUCAGUACGUUGAAAAACUCGGCGAUACGAGACUGCUCAAACUCGAAGUUAAGAAACUUCGAUCGGAGAAGGUGCUGCUGGAAAAGAGCAUAGAAAAUAUGAGCGACUUGCGGCAUGAAAUAUUUCAUCUUGAACGCGAACUGACCAACGAGAGACUCAAAGUUAUGGCGCUUCAGGAAGAAGUGCAGAACCCAUUGAAUGUCCACAGAUGGCGAAAGCUCGAGGGAUCAGAUCCAGAUAGCUUUGAGCUGCUUAAGAAAAUACAGAUACUGCAAAAGCGUGUAUUGAAGCUAAGCGCCGAGCUGAUAUCGAAGGAAAAGAAGAUCAAAGAGUGCAUGGAAUUGUAUACGAAUUUGCGUCAGGAGAUCUCGAAACGUCAGUCACCGGAAGCUGCGACUUGCUUGAUGGAAACUCAAAAAGCGUUGCGCGAAAGGGGAGAAAAAAUGAAGAGCCUCGUAGCUGAGCUGAACAUGGUGGAGAGUCAAUCGAACGAAUACAAAUUUGAUCUCGAGAGAACGAGCCGUGAGUUGCGCGACGUCAAGUCAAAGUACUACGCACUGAAACGAAAGGAGCAGAAAUCGAAGGACAACGAGAGGAGAAAAGUGCAGUCAGCUUCGGAUCCGAUGUUACCAGCGAUUGAAGCAAAUCAGAAAAAGUUUUACGGCGGUGGUUUCAGCUUAGGAGUGCUCAGGUCGCGCAACUGUUACAGCCUCGACUCGACACAAAAGUAAAAAUAGAGAAAGGAUGCUCAUCAAAGGAGCUCUGUAAAGGCGCAGUUUUCAUUCAUUUUCCUAUAGAAAAUUAAACUCCGAGGAGAACAACCGGCGGAGAUUGUAACGUACUGAAAGAUGAUGACGCCACGCGCAGUGAUCUUCCAACAUCGGGGGGUAAAAGUUUCAGAC